AUGUCUGUGGAAAGAGACGUGAAAAUGCCUGUGGAAAGAGACGUGACCAUGACACUGGAAACACUGGAAAGAGAAAAGACCACACUCCUUCAGGAACUCAAGAAUAGUGAAAAUUUUAAUGUUACGCUUCGCGAACAACUUGAUCGUGUGCAAUCUGAAUACAAAACACUGACCAACGAAAACACAUUUAUCCGGAAAAAAGUAGCGUCACUACAACAAGAAAUUGUCAAUAAUCAUAACGGGAUCUCACGAAUUGAGUCGGAACUUUAUCAAAAAGAACAGGAGGUCGAGCGGUUGAAGAAGGAGAAUGUCGGGUUUUUAAAGAAUAAACGGGAGACUGAACGAAAAUUACGGGAAGAGACAUUAGCAUUUGAAAAAGAUCGUCAAACAUGGCAAGAACGAGAAGGAGAACUAACCGCUCAAUUUAAAGCACUCCAAGAUACGCUUAAUGUCCUUGCGCAACAGAGUUCCCCCUCAGAUUCUUCACCAAAAAAACAUAGCCAUCAAUCGAGUUCCAAUGGUAUGAUGCCAACUUCGUCUACAUCUGGUUUUUUAAAUUCUUCCUACCACGCACUCUCAUCACUGUCCGCGAGACUUUCGAAUAGGCAUACUACCGACGGGACAAUCACCCGUGAAGACAGCCCUCCUCCAUCACCCACAAGUUUACCUAAUAUUACACGUGAAAUAAAGAUUGCUAAGAAUACUAUUAAAGAACAGGAUAAAUUUAUAAAUCAAUUGAACAAUGAAAUAGAACGAGCAAAAACAGCCACCACCGAUCAAAUCAAUCUGAACAGGAGUCUUUCGCUCCGAAUCACUCUUUUGGAGACCGAGUUGGAACAAGUGAAACGCGUGAAACGUUCGUUGGAAGAUGUGAACGAAGGGUUUCAAUUGUUGCUGCACGAGAAAACAAUGAAAGGAGACUUUAUGCUAAACCCAAUCAUGCAGAAUUACGAAGCAAAUAAUUCACGUCAAAAAUUAGUUGACAGUCUUAGAGAAUUACCCACGAGCAACAAAGACGACGGGUCAAGAAGACGCGAGAAAAAGUCGCGCCCAAAGUCACUUGUCACAGAUUUAGCUGCUGAACUUUCGCGUGCGUCGGCUGGAAACGUGAAUAAUCAUCUGCUUGGUGAACGAGUGGAGAAAGAAAGUGAUCAGAUAGUUGAUUUCGAAAAAUUGCUAGAAGAGAACAAGAAUUUAAAAGACGCAAAUACGAAAUUAACAAAUUAUCUUCAAAAAAUUCUUGGUCGUAUUAUGGAAGAGGAAGGGUUCGAACAAGUUUUAUCUACAGACUGGACAAAAAGAGCACCAUCAAAUCCUACAACACCAACUGCAACCACAUUCUCUCAUAUACGCACCCUAUCAAAACCCGUUAACAAUCCAGCAGUCAUUGUCGAAGAAUCUGCGGCUGCUGCCAAUUCAACAAAAAAAGUUGAACGUCGAAAAACCUUAUCAGGGCCUUUUCGAGCAUUACCAAACAUUAAAAUUCCUAAAUCACCAAUAACAAUCCAAAAUAUCGAAGAAAAUGCAGAUCAACUCUCUCCACUUCCCACUUCUUCUCCUGUACAUUCACGAACCACGAGUCUCACCGAGGAAGUCUCUUCAACAAAACUUGAUUCAAUUUCUGUCGUCGAACAAGAACAGCAGCAGCCGAUACGACGACCACAACGACGAAACUCUUCGUCGGAUGGUGGUCCGCGUAAACGAUGGAGCUUAUGGUGGAGUGGUAAUAACAAUAAUGGAAAGCAACAGACGGAGGUGAAAAAAGAAGAUCCGCAUAUGAGACCAAUGAUUCUUGUUCAGGAGAGUGAGAAAGCUAAAUGA